GGGUUUUGACGGACGUUUGCAGCGACUAGCCUACUACGGAUUCAAGGCUUCCCUAGCAACCCGGUGGAUGAGCCAACCAUAACCGCGCAAAACUCGAGACUCUGCCGCUACUGGGGACAGGAAACGACAGAGAUCAGACAGAGCUGCGGAACAGUGUGGUUGGCAGUGCAAUUCAGGAUUACAACAAAUGAAACAUCUGGUACUUUCAUGGCACGGUAGCGCGAAUGAAGGAUUUAUGGAAUGAGGAUUUGAGCACAGGAACAGGUUCGAUGCUUUGAUGUUACAGUGGACCACAUUGUAGAUGUAGGCUAAUUUGUAUAAUUGUUUGUUACAUUGUGUUUUCACUUUCGUUGGCAAAAUUGACACUUGUAGCUUUCAUUCAAACUCCUAUUUUAGGAGACUUCAAAUCUGUGUUUGAUCCAUUUAUUGUAAAUGGAUACAUUGUGAGUUCCCAGACAUGAAUUAUGACUGAAAAUAUAAGGCUAUCCACUGGAUGAACUGUCAAAUAACACCACAUUCAACUUGACUCUCUUCUUUGCUACUUUGAUUCGUGCGUCACACAGCUCAAAUCUUGAGUUGGAGGAGAAAUAGAAGAAGUGAUUGAACAGUCUUGUACAAGUUGUUGCAUGAUGGAACAUAAUCAUUCUUCAUCGUGAGGAUGAACCACAGAACCAGCCCCGCCAAGGCUUACGAUUUUCUGCUCAAGUUUCUCCUGGUGGGGGACAGCGAUGUGGGAAAGGGGGAGAUACUGGCGAGCCUCCAGGAUGGAGCCAGCGAGUCUCCAUAUGGCUACAACAUGGGAAUCGACUACAAGACGACUACGAUACUCCUAGACGGAAGAAAAGUCAAGCUGCAGCUCUGGGACACGUCUGGCCAGGGGCGCUUCUGCACCAUCUUCCGCUCUUACUCCAGAGGAGCGCAGGGUGUGAUCUUGGUCUAUGACAUCACCAACCGAUGGUCCUUUGAUGGUAUUGACAGAUGGAUUAAGGAGAUAGAUGAGCAUGCACCGGGAGUGCCUAAGAUCCUGGUGGGGAACCGGUUACAUCUGGCCUACAAGCGCCAGGUGACCACAGAGCAGGCCCAGGUGUACGCCGAGAGGUUAGGGGUCACCUUCUUCGAGGUCAGCCCGCUGUGCAACUUUAACAUCACAGAGUCCUUCACAGAGCUGGCCAGGAUAGUCCUGAUGAGGCACGGCAUGGAGAGACUCUGGAGGCCUAACAAAGUUUUAAGUCUUCAGGACCUGUGCUGUCGUUCUAUCGUGUCCUGCACCCCUGUCCACCUUGUUGACAAGCUUCCUCUCCCCCUGGCCCUCAAGUCCCACCUCAAGUCUUUCUCCAUGGCCAAUGGCCUCAAUGCCCGCAUGAUGCACGGACGCUCCUACUCCGUCACCGCCACUGCUGCCAACACCACCCACAUCGCCACCAAGAGGACCGGAUGCCAGCUGCUGAAAAAUAAAAAACUAUUCCGCCCUCCGCCGCUCAGCCCGGCGGCCGCACAGAGCUGCUCUGGCAACAGCUGCAAGAUCUCCUAGCCACCGGCUGAAACAGGAAGAGGAAGUCCUUGGGGCAGGAUGUUGUCAUCACAUGGACAGGAAGUUGGUGUUGAUCACUGGUGCAGCCAAAGAUGGUGGAUAAAUGAAGAUAUCCACUCAGGCCGUUUACCAUUGAAAAGCAUUGUCACAGUUCUGGUCUGCUUAAGGGGUGGCUCUCCCAUAGGCACCAAUGUAUUAGCAGCUGGGUCUGGUCUACUUAGUUCAUUGACUGUAUAUGAGCGAGUGAGAUGUCUUCCUUUCUCUUCCGUCUCUGGUGCAGCCAUAGACUUAGAUAGACAUCGCAUCAUUAUAUCUGUCCCAUUAUAAUAAUAAUUUCGUAGGUGCUUACAAGUGUGUAUUAAUACACAUGUGAAUUGGAAAUACGUUUUU